CAAGAAUAGACCCGGGUUCGAGCCGUCCCCUCGCGUUAGCCGGUUUGAAUGUGGCCUCCCUCGACAUAAAAAGAGAGCGGUCAUGUGUCGUUCCCUCCCUCUCUGACUCUGUUCGUCGGCUAGGCUGCACUAAACCUACCCAAAACAACACACCAGAAAACAACCAUGUCUGACAAACUUAACUACAAAGUUGCUGACAUCAGCCUGGCCGACUGGGGGCGUAAGGCUAUCGACAUCGCAGAGAACGAGAUGCCCGGUCUGAUGAAGAUGAAGGAGAUGUACGGUCAGUCCAAGCCGCUGAAGGGCGCCCGCAUCGCUGGCUGCCUCCACAUGACCCUGCAGACCGCCGUGCUCAUCGAGACCCUCACCGCCAUCGGAGCUGAGGUUCAGUGGUCCAGCUGUAACAUCUUCUCCACUCAGGAUCACGCCGCUGCUGCCAUCGCCAAGACCGGUGUUCCAGUGUACGCGUGGAAAGGAGAGACGGAUGAGGAGUAUGUUUGGUGCAUCGAGCAGACGCUGUACUUCAAGGACGGUCAGCCCCUCAACAUGAUCCUGGACGACGGAGGAGACCUCACCAACAUGGUCCACACCAAAUACCCCAAACUGCUCGCAGGUAUCCGUGGUGUCUCAGAGGAGACCACUACAGGUGUACACAACCUGUACAAGAUGAUGAAAAAUGGCGAGCUGAAAAUGCCCGCAAUCAACGUCAACGACUCCGUCACAAAGAGUAAGUUUGACAACCUGUACGGCUGCAGGGAGAGUCUCAUCGACGGCAUCAAGAGAGCCACGGAUGUGAUGAUUGCCGGUAAGGUGGCGGUGGUGGCUGGGUACGGGGACGUGGGCAAAGGCUGCGUCCAGGCUCUGCGCGGCUUCGGAGCCCGCGUCAUCGUCACAGAGGUUGACCCCAUCAACGCCCUGCAGGCCGCCAUGGAAGGUUAUGAGGUGACCACCAUGGAUGAAGCUUCAAAGGAAGGAAACAUCUUCGUCACCACCACCGGCUGCGAGGACAUCAUCGUGGGACAUCACUUUGAGAACAUGAAGGACGACGCCAUUGUGUGCAACAUCGGACACUUUGACUGUGAGAUCGACAUAAGCUGGCUCAACAAGAACGCUGCAGAGAAGAUCAACAUCAAGCCUCAGGUGGAUCGCUACCGGAUGAAGAGUGGCCGUCACAUCAUCCUCCUGGCCGAGGGCCGCCUGGUGAACCUGGGCUGCGCCAUGGGACACCCGUCCUUCGUCAUGAGCAACUCCUUCACCAACCAGGUUCUGGCUCAGAUCGAGCUGUGGAAGAACACGGACAAAUACCCCAUCGGAGUCCACUUCCUGCCCAAGAAGCUGGACGAGCAGGUGGCCGCCGCCCACCUGGACAAACUGGGGGUGAAGCUGACCAAGCUGACAGACAAACAGGCCAAGUACCUGGGUCUGCCCAUCGAGGGGCCCUUCAAACCGGACCACUACCGCUACUGAGCGCCCACCCCUGGGGGGGAGAGGAGAGGAAGUGGAUAGAUUGGUGUUUACAUUUUGGACCCCAUGUGUCAGAUUUUCAGGGACGUGGAGACGAUUGUGUUUGUUUCUUCCCCUUUUUAAUAUCAAAUAACUACUGAUGCAUCCGUGUGGAUCCAAGAAGUUUGGAAACACCUGGCUCUGCUUUAUUAAGUGAGAUCAAACGUAUUAUACCAAACUGCUCGCAAUUGAUUGUGGCUUUAUAUUUGAGUCCAUAUUAGAAAUUUGACAACAUUUCCAUUGAUUGUGCAGCUCUAAUCAGAGCGGGCGAAGGGGGGCCUCUAAAGCAAAGUCCAGCCCUGUUCUUCAGCUGACACCAUCUUAGUUUUAAUGCCAAUCCCUUCAGACCUCCACCGCCUCCUCUUCCUCCUCAUCAUCACUCUUCUGAAACAUUUCUACAGUGGCUGUUAGCCUUACUCUGUUUGUCAUUCCCUGUCCCUUUAUGGAAUAAAACCCACCCUGAUGCUUCUCUAUCUGAGCCCCUCUCUGUCUCGAGGUGGAAGGUGAUUACAAACUAAACGGUUAAAUGUACAGCGGCCUUAUUCCAAUGUAUUUGCAUUAGCGCUGCCCUGUGUAGCGCUAACACAGGAUGAGAUGCUCUGUUUCUGGAUGCGUUUACUGAGAGAUCCGGUGUAAAGAGAAGCACUGCUGCCCAAAUCACCACCAAAGCACGUCACCUGCCCGAUUUCUAGAAAAAGUCUUAAUAUUUUUGUCGCCUAAUUUCUUUUAAAUGUAGUUAUUUAAUUUGACACAGGGGGCUUAAUCAUGAGCAGUGCCCCCACAUCCACUUCUGUCAUGUGUCAGCGUGACGUUCAGGCACUGGCUCAUUUCUCAGCGGUUACAGCCUGAGUUCAACUGCCUGUAUACGAUGGAAUUGAAAGUGUGACGAAUGAGAAAAAUAAAACAUGUUAAAUCUGAA